AUGUUAAACUAUUCGUUGAGUAACAUAUGUGGGUGUUUUUAUACUGGAGGUAAAAUAUUAUUUAGUAAUGAUGGGAACUGUUUAUUUGUACCUGUAAGUAAUAGAAUAAAUAUUUAUGAUUUAUGUAGUAACAGUUGUAAUACAUUAAAAUCAGAAAGUCGUAAUGAUAUAAGACAUAUUGCUAUUCAUCCUAGUAUGGAGAUUAUUAUAACAGUAGAUAAAUUUGGUUAUGGUUGUGUUAUAAAUUUAUUGAAAGAUCAGAUAAUUUCAAGAAUAUUGUUUAAAUCAAAAACUGGUGUUGUUACUUCUUUUAAUUAUAAUAAUAUGCUUACACCUCAAGAAGAACAAGAUGUUGUUAAUUCAGCCAUAUUUACGAAUAGUGGAAAACACUUUUUGAUUUCAAUUGGUAGAAGAGUAAUUAUAUGGAAGAGUCCUUGUAAAAAAAAUAACUAUAAAUUAAUAAAAUAUAAUGAUAUAUGCUUUCAUUCAUUAAAUGUUAUAUCAUUAGAUAUUUCUACAGAUGAUAAGUAUUUUUUAACCACAUCGUAUGAUAUGACUAUAAGAAUUCAUACAGUCAAAAAAGAAAAAAAAAUCAAGCCAACCAUUUUGAGUGGUAAUAAAACGACCAUCGUAGGUGCAUUCUUCUCAAAAGAUGGGAACUUUAUAUUCAGUGUAAAUAAAUCUGGGUUAAUAAUUAUGUGGUCAUACGAGGCCCAAACGGGUGAAGGCCAAAAAUAUGAAAAUUUUGAGGCUAACAAGGUGUAUGAGGAUAUAAAUAGUGAUAAUAGAAAGAGUGAUAAUAAAAGCGGUGAUGAUGAUAAAAAAAGUGAUGAUAAUAUAAAUAGUGAUGUUAUAAAUAGUGAUGAUAUAAAUAGUGAUGAUGAUAAAAAAAGUGAUGAUAAUAUAAAUAGUGAUGAUAAAAAAAGUGAUGAGGACGAAAGAAAUAGCUGCGAUGAUGAAAAUGUUUCUUUUGAAAAUGAAAAAAAAAAAAAUAGAAAAGAGGAGAAGAGCUCCAAAAUAUACCCUUAUAAUAAUAAAAUAAAAGACAACAACAAUAAUAAUGAUAAUAAUAAUAAUAAUAGUGUGAAGAGAGCCUUUGAAAAAAGGUGGUGCUAUAAGAAAAUAUAUUAUUGUAAUCAAGAGAAGAAUGAAGAAGUUAUAAGAUCAUGUUUUAAUAAAGAAAAGGAUAUAUUUGUUAUUGCUUUUUCAAGUGGAAGGUUUGCUAUUUAUAGUACUCCAGAUAUGACAUCUCUUUAUAAUAUUAGUAUUAAUACAAACACAAUUGAUGAUAUUACUAUAAAUAUUGAUGGAGAAUGGAUAGCAUUAGGAGAAGGUAAUAAUGGUACCAUUAUAAUAUGGGAGUGGAAAAGUGAGAGCUAUAUAUUAAAACAAAAUACAACAAAUAAAAAUGUCAAAUGUGUUAAAUUUUCUCCUAUUAUUAGCCACUUAAAAAUUGGUAGUCAUAUUAUAGAUAAUUCAAGUACUUAUCACGAAUCUGAUAAUUUUACUAGUAAAUUUGUUAUUGUUACAGGUAAUGAAGAUGGUACUAUUAAAUUAUAUGAUUAUUUAUCAUUUAUUAAUUUUGUUACUUUUACUGCUCAUACAAAUACUGUUACAGAUAUUUGUUUCUUACCACAAGGUAAUGCAUUCAUCUCAUGUUCUCUUGAUGGUACUGUUAGAGCUUUUGAUCUUUUAAGAUAUCGUAAUUUUAAAAUUUAUACUCCUGAUGUUAUAACUGAGUCAAAUCAAUAUAGUAAUAAUAUGAACGACCUGAACAGUUCAGGUAAAAAAAAAGUGGAUAAAAAAUUGAAUGUUCAAUUUUUGUGUGUGAGUGUGAAUAUAAGUGGAAAUAUAGUAGCAGCAGGUGGUCGUGGGAAUGAGUAUGUGGUAUAUAUAUGGAAUGUACAGACAGGAAAAUGUAUAGAUAAAUUAUUUGGUCAUAAUUCUCCUAUAAUAAAAAUAUGUUUCAGUACAAAUUUAAAGAAUGAAGGGAUAAUAGCUAGCUGUUCAUGGAGUAAAAAUGUAUUAAUAUGGGAUUUAUAUGCUCGUCAAAAUAAGGGUAGUAAAUAUGAGGAAAUAACAACAUCACAUGAUAUAUCAUAUAUGUGUUUUGAUCCACGAGGGAAUGAUAUAUUAGCUGUAUGUACAUUAAGUUGUAAAAUUAUGUUUUGGGAUAUAUCUAUACAAGAAGUAAUAGGAACUAUCGAAGGAGCAAGAGAUAUUAAGAGAGGUAGAUUAUUAGGUGAACAAUUUGGGGCAAUACCUAAAAUGAAUAAAAAAAGGAAUAGAAAAAAAAGUUUGAAUAAUUUAGAUGAUGAAUCUAUGUAUGAAGAAGAUUUAGAAGAUCAAGGACAAAAUACUAUUGUAAAUCAAAAUUGUUAUUUUACCUCUAUAGAUUAUAUACAUAAUGGUAAUUAUAUAGUUGGAUGUGCUAAUUGUAGUGUCUCUUUAUAUAUAUAUGAUACAUAUUUAUAUUUAUUAAUAAAAAUUAUUGAUUUAACAAAGAAUUAUUGUGUAGAUGGUAUUAAAAGAGAAAUAUCCACUCGAUAUUUAACAUCUGAAGGGACACAUAUAUAUGAAUUAGAUAUUAGUGAUGAAGAAGGUGAUAUUUAUUUAGAUAAUUAUAAAAUUAUGAAUAGAAAGAAAAAACAGAAUUUAUUACCAGGACAAAUGAAUGAAGAUUAUUUAAAUAGUAAAUUAAAAAAAUAUAAAUUUCUUUUAAAUCAAUUACAUAUAUCUGGGGAUGAUAGACAUAUAGCUGUUGCAUGUAAUACUGGAUUGUAUGUAUUUACAAAAGAUUAUCAAUAUCAAUAUAUUCCAAGUAUUAAAAAUAUUUAUAAAGGAUUAAUAUCACCAAAUAUUUAUGUUCCCAAAUUUUUAACACAAAACGUUAAUUUAAAGAAUUUAAAGAAUUCUUUAAAAAAAAAAGAAUAUAUGAAAGCCUUUAUUUUAUCUUUAGCAUUAAAUAAUUAUGAACACAUUUUAGAGGUAUAUGAAAAUAUUCCAUAUAAUAUUAUCCCACUAUGUGUAAAGGUAUUAACCAAACCAUUUCUAUUUAUUCUCAUAAAUUUUAUAAAAACAUUAUUAAUUAAUGAUACUAUUAAACAUAUCCAUUUACAUUUAUUUUAUCUUAAUUCUAUAUUUACAACUCAUUUUAAUGUAUUCCUAAAUAAUGAUUUUUAUAAUCAUAUGCAUAAUAAUAAAUCUAUUAAGAAUAGUCAAGAUAAAAAUAAAACAUCUACUCCAAACAUUAUGAGUAAUACCAGUUCACUUUUUUCAUCAGAUGAAAUACGUACAUCUCUUUUAUUAAUAUUAAAACAGAUUUUUACAAUAAAUAAUGGUUUACAGUAUUUGUAUACAAAUAACAUAAAUGUCUUAAAGUAUUUAUCUUUAAAGGAAUGA